AUGUUACACAAAGGUUUCACACAAGCUGUUAACGAUCCACUCAUUCUUCUCGAUAGAAUUCAAUAUGCACAAGCCAGCAGAUGGAAACCUCCAAUUGAUCUUGCGUCGGAUACUUUUCCUAAUGGCACAUUUAAUGCAACUUCAUUUGGUCCAUGUUGUCCUCAACCAACUGUAAAAAUAUAUAUAGACAGACAAGAUGAACAAUGUUUGUAUCUAAAUAUUUUUACUCCAAUCAAUGUAUCAAAUCAAUCGUUAUUACCAGUUCUUAUCUGGAUUCAUGGUGGUGCUCUCCAAACUGGUUGUUCAUCACAAGGUAUUCCUACUAUAUAUAAUGGAACAAAUAUUAUCGCUAAUUCUCUUCAACCGGCUAUUAUUGUAACAAUUAAUUAUCGAUUAGGUGUUCUAGCUGAUUUGUAUUUACCAGCUCUAGUUGAAGAAAAUUCACCAGAAUGA